UCAAACCGGUUCAGUCCAAACCGGGAGCGACUCGUGUGUUUGUUGUUGUUACUGAAGCGAGAGAUCAUCAGUCAGGCUUUUAUUUGUGGGAUUUCAUUGUUCAUCAGAUCGAAGAAGAAGAGCUUAGCAAAAAUGGCGGCGAAACCGAUUGCGAGUCCGAUUUCGGUGGCGCUGUAUCCGACUUUGUCGGUGUUCACUUUGGCGAUUGGCCUCGUCAUUACUGCUAUCUUCUUCAUCUACGAAACUACCUCAUCCAGGAAAAACCGAAGCCUCGGAAAGGAGCUCGCUACUUCUGCAGUUGCAUCUGUCUUCUUGGGAUUUGGAUCGUUGUUUUUGCUACUUGCUAGUGGCGUUUAUGUCUAAUCCUUCUUCCUCAGUGCUAUUCCCAACUAGUUGAAAGACACAAACAAAUUACAGAAUUAUCUAUCUUUGUUCAAGUGAAAUCAGAGUUAUGAAUGUUGUUAGACUUUGAGAAGUAGUCUUUAAACACCAAGUUGCAAACUUGCAAUUAAUUAUCUUGUGCUUUUGAGUGCUAAUAUCGACUUUAGAUUUGGCCGCUA